GAAAGAGGGAGAGUGAGGGCGAAAAGAAGAGAAAACUAACCUCUGACUGUGUCAUUGUCAUUGUGAUGUAUCUCUGAAUUGGCAACACACAACACUCAGGCUGAGUGCAUAAAACCUAAACUAUUGGCAUAUGUAAGUGAAUGAAGUUGAAUCUUAAACUCAAUGGAAGCUCCCCUCAUCAAUGACUCCACAUUCUCUUCGGCUAACCCUUCCCUGUCCGAGAUUUGGCCUCACUCUCAACCUGAUGCCACUUCCCUAGCCGGUAACAAGUCACCUGCUAAGCCAAAGCAAGACUAUAUACACGUGCGAGCUAGAAGGGGCCAAGCCACCGAUAGCCACAGCCUCGCCGAGAGAGCUAGAAGAGAAAAAAUCAGUGAGAGGAUGAAAAUUCUUCAAGAUUUAGUCCCUGGCUGCAACAAGGUAAUUGGUAAAGCACUUGUCCUCGAUGAGAUAAUUAAUUAUAUCCAGUCACUGCAGCGUCAGAUUGAGUUCCUUUCAAUGAAGCUUGAGGCAGUUAAUUCGAGAUUGAACUUGAGCCCUGCUAUUGAAUGUUUUCCUUCAAAAGAAGUUGGCACUCAGCCAUUUGACCUUGCAGGAAUAAUAUUUGGAUCACAACCGGCCAGGGGAUAUGAUCAAGGAUCACAACCUGCAUGGUUGCAUAUGCAGAUAGAUGGUGGUUUUGAGAAAGCAACAUAAUUCGACGAAGAUUCAUUGCGAAUGACAGAUCAAUCAGUGUGGUUGGUUUUCCAUUGAAAAGGAAAGUCACUGAGGCUGGUUUGUUAGCUUGCUCUAUUAUCAACCUGGUCAUUUGAUGCACAAUGUUGUAAGGUCCGUAUGUUCUCUGUCAUAGUAUGAUAUCAAUCGUAAGAAAUGCAUCUAAUCUCCUUGCGCAUCAUCUGACUGGGCUUGUAGUCCUUCAAUACGUAAGCAGUUGAAAUAAUCUUAUUGUGAUUUUCGUUUCAAAAGUCUUCUGUGAUGA